UAUAAUUUCUCUUUCUAGAAAAUUUUCGAAGGUAAUGUUUAUUAUUCUUCGAAUGUAUCCAAGUAGAAAUGUUUCGUGGUAAAGGCUGGUUCUCUGGAGCCAUGUGGAAACCAAAGAACCCUCAUUCCUUGGAGCAUUUGAAGUAUUUAUAUCAUGUGCUCUACAAAAAUCAAGUUGUGCAUGAGCAGAAUAAAGGACUUUUGGUUGAAACACUAAGAUCUAUUGCAGAAAUACUAAUAUGGGGUGAUCAAAAUGAUAGCACUGUCUUUGAUUUCUUUUUGGAGAAAAAUAUGCUGUCCUUCUUCCUAAAGAUUAUGAAGCAAAAAUGUGGCAGAUAUGUGUGUGUACAGUUAUUGCAGACGCUCAAUAUUCUUUUUGAGAAUAUCAGAAAUGAAACAUCACUCUAUUAUUUACUGUCCAAUAAUCAUGUGAAUUCCAUAAUUGUCCACAAGUUUGAUUUCUCUGAUGAAGAAGUGAUGGCAUAUUAUAUAUCAUUUUUGAAAACUCUGUCUUUCAAGUUGAACACUCACACAAUCCAUUUCUUUUAUAAUGAAAACACCAACGAUUUCCCUUUGUAUAGUGAAGCCAUAAAAUUCUUUAAACACAGUGAAAGCAUGGUGAGAAUAGCUGUAAGGACUCUUACCUUAAACGUUUUCAAGGUGGAUGAUAAAGCAAUGUUAAAAUUUAUCCGUGAUAAAACUGCAGCUCCUUAUUUUUCUAACCUUGUAUGGUUUAUUGGAGAGCAUGUCAUGGAGUUAGAUAAAUGUGUAAAAUCAGCUUCAGAGCUCCAAAUCCAAACCAAACUUGCUGAUUUAGUGGCAGAGCACCUUGAUCAUCUUCACUAUUUAAAUGAUAUUUUAUGUUUGAAGAUUGAUGCACUGAAUGACGUGCUUACAGAUCACCUUUUAAACAAGUUAUUGAUACCUCUAUAUGUAUAUUCUCUUGUACAGAAAGCACCUCACCCUAACCCUGAGGAGGAUAAGCCUCAGGUUAGCUGUAUCGUCUCCCUUUUUCUUCUGUCACAGGUAUUUUUAAUUGUAUCUCACCACCCUCUUGUACAUAAACUGGCUUAUGUGAUCUUGAAUGGAGAAAUGUCUCUGUUGGAUAAUGUUGCUUCAAUAGCUUCUGCACUCCAUAAUGCUGGGGGCACUUCUCAAGUAUCUGAAAAUGGGGUAGAUGCUCAUUCCAAUGAAAACUCUUCAAAUGAUGCUUUGCCAAGCUCACAGUAUUCAGAUACAAGCAGUAUGGAUGCUACUUCAGAAGGUGCAAAUAUAACAGAUGAAGAAAAAGUUGUUGCUGCCAAAAAAUACAUCCAAACCGAAGCUAUACAGAAAAUUUUUAACUUGUCACAAAGACCCUUUCUGGAAGCAAUCUUUACAGCUCUAGAUAGCACUGAAAAUGAUCAUGCUGCACUUUUUGGUUUAUGUGUUCUCUAUGCUUUAGGGUAUAACCCAGGUAUUAAUCAAGAUCUUCUUGACACAGUUCUGAUGCCUUCAAAUAAAUCAGAAACCAAGUUUUGCUACAAUGUAAAUUUGGUUGACAGAAUGAUAGAAAUCAUUAAACUCAGUUGUCAGUAUAGCAGUAAAGUACGGAUAGCUACUCUUCAAAUGACUCUUUUGCUUUUGAAGCAACUUGCUGUGCGAGGAACUGAAAGUUUCCUGCUAGACAGGCACUUAGCUGCAAUUGAACAAUGUCGAGAAGAGAGCACGUUCUUACUUCGUAAUUUUUACAAAAGUGAAGAAAUUUUCUUGGAUAUGUUUGAAGAUGAGUAUGAGGAAAUGAAAAAAAAAACGCUUAAUGUGGAAUACUUGAUGAUGGAUGCAAACUUGCUUUUGCCUCCAACGGGUACUCCUAUGUCUGGCAUUGAAUUUCACAAAAGACUUCCAUGUGGAGAGGUUGAAAGAGCAAGGAGGGCUAUUCGAGUGUUUUUUCUGCUGCGAGAUCUUUCCCUCACCUUGCAGAAUGAAACUGAAACUCAGCUCCCUCUGACCAAUCUAUCUUCUUGCAUCAAAGUGAAUGAUGCAUUAGAUCUCAAUAAUAGUGACCUAAUCAGCUGCACCGUUUGUACCAAAGAUAAUCAGAAAAUAAAGGGCUUUAUGGUGAUUGAUGCUCUGCAGUUGAUUCUUGUCGACCCUGACACAAAGCGUGUUGGUUGGGGAAUCGCCAAAUUUGUUGGAUUUCUGCAAGAUAUUGAAGUGACGGGUGAUAAGGACGACAGUCGAUGCUUGCACAUCACCAUCCACCGACCAUCAAGCAUCGCCUCUGGCAGCAUCCGUUCCCCUCUCCUUGCUGCCAAGUUUGUUUUUGAUGACCACAUCCGAUGUAUGGCUGCCAAGCAGCGUCUUAGCAAAGGCAGACAGAAGGCGCGCCAGAGGAAAUUAUACCAAAUAGCUCGCCUUUUAGAACUGGCUGAUCACAUACAACCUUGCCCUUCGCCUCUGAAACAUGGCAUUCACCCAGCCGUCAAGUCAGCGGAAUAUUCUUCGUUAAUGCAUCGCAGCCAGUCUCAAGACACAGGCCUUCGUGGGAGGCCCACACCAGGGCAGGCGAGACAUUGCCACCAUCGGCCAUUGAUGCCCACUUUUCCAGGGCACGUCACUAUGCUGAAGCAUAGAGAGAGUGGAGAAUCUUCUAAUGCUUCUGAAAUCCCCGAAAAAACUUCACGUUCUAGUGAAAGGAGGCGUAACAGUCCCUCAUCACCUAAAAAACAUGGAUCACGAUCAAGGGAGUCUUCACCCAGGCAGCAGGGAGCCAACAGUUGUGAAGAAAUUCCUCUUGAAGACUUGUCGAGGAUACAUUCCUCUCGCCAUGGAAGUCCAAGCAUAAGGCGUCGUAGCACGCCUGGUUUGCCUCAGGCUAGAAUCAGUGCUCCACCAGGACUUUGCCACCUCCACCAGCAGUUUGCAGUUGGACACAGCCAUAGUUCAACUACAAAUCUCAGUGAAAAAAUUUCGACUCAGGGGGAACGCGGUUCUGCAUCAAAUGAUGAAUUAUUUGCAGGCUUUACCAUUCCUGUUGAGUCUUCUGAACCAGCUAUAAAUACUUCAGAAGUACAAACCACUGAAGCACCUACCUCAGUACCCUCUGAUCAACCCCUCAGUCCUGCUGAUGCAUCAUGUAGUAAACCUUGUUGUGCAGCUGAACAAUCAGAUGAGAAAUGCCAUUCAAGUCAAGUUGAAGAUCCAAACAGUACGGCAGGCAGCUUAGCAAAUUCCAACCAAAAUAUGGAUUCCUUGCCUGCUGAAGGAGUAACGUCUAUAGAUAGUACAAUUUCUAGUUCAACAUCGAAUAAAGUAAAAGGAGCCAUACAGACUAUAUAACCACCUGUAUCAUCUAUAUGCACCUGAAUUGUGUACAAUAUUGUAUUUGUUGUGUUGUUGAAAUUUAUUUGUUAUAAUUUUAAAUAAUUUCUUGUUUUUUUUUCUGCUUGAUUCACGUAACACUUUUCACAUGCAAUGCUCAAUAGUGUAAAGAAUAAAAUUUAAUUUUUUACAUGUGUUCUAUAUUAUGUGCAGCCAAAAUACAAUAUUUAACAAUACACUAUUAACACACAAUUUAUUUACUGAAAUGGGAACGAUCACCGAAAUUAUGUGGGCCAGUUAUUAGUUAAUUAUUUUUAUCAAAAUAAGCAUUAUCUUUGUUACACAUUUUCCUUUGAAGUGAUAAUAAAGGUAAUAACCACUUUUUAAAAAAUCAGUGAUAAUCUAUAGCCUGUGAAAUUUUUGCACUAUGUUUGUAUCACAUGAUAUUGCUGCAGAGUAAAUAAAGAAGUAUCUUUGUUGUUAAAGGUAAAAAAAAGCAUCAAUUUCUUUGUGGAACUGAUGAAUAAGUAAAACAUUUCAA